AUGGAUAUAUUCAGUUCGGAUGAAAAUAGUAACGCUCUUUGCACAUUAGAUGCAAUUGAAACGCUGCCCAUUUUUAAAUCAUGGGAGUUAAAUGAUGAUAUUUGCUCCAUUCUUGUGGACUACAGAGUGACAUCAACGAUAAUUUUAACAAAAAUGGAUUGGGAAGAUAUCGACUGUUUAUUUGAAAAGCUUCCAACAAAAUUUUUUGGCGAAUGCAUCAAGUUUAAAGCGGGAUUAAGAGAAUGGAGGAAGAACAUGAAUGUACCGCUUGUACGUGAUGCAAGCACCUUAUCUGAGAGUAGUCGAAUUUUGGAGUGGUUAGAGAAAAUUUCUGACGACUUAAAUGCAGCUAAAAGUUCAAGAGAUUCUUCACCAGUACUCCAGCCAACGUAUGAUAACUGCAUGGACAGUCGCAGCUUAACUGACCUUUUAAAAGGUACGGUUAAAGGGCAGCUUGUGCUUCACUUUCAGCAGAAAAAUAGUUUCUUGGACGCCAAGCAGCAGAAUACAUUGUGUCACUGCGUAAUAGAGAAUUAUAUAGGAAGGCGGAAAAAAUUGACAUAUGGAUGCGAUGUAUUCCCCAAAGAGAAUCCGAUAAGUAUUACGAAAAGAAGUGCUGGCUGCAGAAUAAUUGCACACCAUGGGAAUAGGUUAUUGAUUACUGGAAGUCAAAGAAUUAUAGAUAUCCAUAACGCCAGUUCUUUAAGCUGCAUUUUUAGUGAAUAUCCGCGCUAUAAGGACUUUCGUGGAUAUGAACUUGUAGAAAUAGACUUUGAGACUCUUUACCCCGGGAAAGGAAAUAUGUUAUUUUUGAAAUUGGAGAAGUUUUAUAAAGAAAUCCUCAAAAUUUUUGAUAGAGAUAUAAAAGAUCGUGUUUCAAGGGAACUAUUCUUAAAGUAUUUGCACAUUGACAACAUCUCAAAUGAAUGUAAAUAUUGUAUAAGUACAAUUCUUCUACAUGCUUUGCUACAGCCUUUGAGGCUUAAUAAGGACAAAAAACCAACAAUAGCUGAUGCCCAAACAGAUUUCGUAACACUCGUUGCAACAUGUAAUGAUAUUCAACCCACAAUAAUUGAAUUGAAGAACCAGUUUGCGAUUUCAAAUUCACCUCAAAAAACGUUUGAAAAUAGAAAAUCGCAAUAG